GAUGAGGAGGGCUAUCUGUUGUCUGCUUAACGAUGGGCGCGCUUGCAUCCAGCUUGACCUCGCUAUUUCUCGACAGAUCCAUCGCGAGAUAUCGCGAGGGCCCAGCGCUCUUUCACGCAAGCUGUUUUUUUGUCCUUCACAGGCCGAUGACAGGCAGCUGGGGCCGAAAAGAGCUGUGCCGAUGCCGUGCGCAGCAGCUCAGGUGGGGAAGACGAAGGUGCCCUUGCCCUAGGCCUUGCCCUCGAACUUGCCCUUGUUCCUGCCCUCGCCCAUGCCGUCCAGCGAGGCGUCAGGCAGCUUCACGUGGGCGUAUGAGAUGCGCUUCGCGGCAGUCCAGCCGUGCUCCGAUGUCGUGAGCACGCAGUUGGUGUCCGCCAUGAGGUCCAAUGUGAAGGUCUCGAUGUGGUGGAUGUUGGUCUUAGGCGUGCCAACACACUGGAUCAUCGGCGUCGUCUUCAUCACGAUGUCGUUCUCGGUGGCCCCCUUGUGGGACCGAGUGUUCUCUAGGAAUAUCUCGCUGGUGUCGGUGGCAUGGUGGUUGGGUUCAUUUUUUGUGCUGCCUGCUGCUUGGUAUCACGCACAUGCCUCUCAGUAGUUUUCUCGCAGCUCCAGCGCGCCGAUCGUGCGGCAGCUGGCUGAUCGGCGCCACGGUUGGCGCAAGGACUUGCCCGCAGAGUGCAUAGUUCCAGGUGGCCUCUGGACGCCCCCGGGGCCCAGAGCUCAGAAAGCUGUUUCAAGCUUAUCUUUCGAUCCCCGAGGAGAGGGAGG